UCAUAAAAUUCACCAAUCGCCAUGUUUUGUUACGGUUUGACGUAAAGACGUAAGAAAAAGAUCACCUACAAAAUUUUCGAGUGCACUUUCUAUGAAAACGCAACAACCAUCUCACCUACAUGUAACAUGUUCUCAUUGAACUCUAUAAACACUCAAAAUCAGAUUCUAGUAAGUUUUAGCCAGUUAUCGUCGCGUUAUUCAAGUCUAUUUAGACAUAGGAAGCAAAGCAACGCUAAAAACAAGGAUGUCAAAGGGAAAGAGGGUGCAGCAGCUUUGUAUGAUGCAAGCAUUUGCCCGGAGAGUUUUGAGGAGGCCUUGCACCAUCUAGAUAAGAAUGCCGUGGCGGAAAUGCGUAAUAUUGACGUUAGAUCGGUUGCAGCGCUUGCUGCAACCUCUAGAAGUGCACUUACACAGGUACCCACCCUACAAUCUGCUAAAAAAGUAUCUUACAUAUCCUCAAAUUCAUUUGAAAAGAAUAAAAAUGGGUGGUUAGAUUCCCCGGCUAUCACAGUCGAUUUUGGCAGCAGAAACCCCAGAGUGAGCUUUACAGACAACUUCAUUGGGCUAUUAUCGAAGAGUAUAAGAGAUAAUACAUUUAAACAUAGCAUACAAGUUCGAGGUUUCAAGACUGAAAGAGGUAUACAUGCAGACUUGAAGAGAAACCCCAACCUUAUUAAUAGACUGCGUAAGUUUUUGGGUCUAAAUGUGUCAGAGUCAACAGACAAACAGACUAAUUUAGGCCCAGAUGUGGCACCAAGGCUAGAAAAGCUUCUCAACGAGCACACUUUGCUUACCCACCAACAGAAGGAUAAGAUUAAGAUCGCUUUUGCCGAGGGAUAUUUAGCAGGCUCACACCCAGACAACGUGCGAGGCACCAAGGCGUCGAAAUACCUGAAGCUAGUCCAACAGCUACUGACCAUAGUGCUGUUCCUGGCCAUCUUCGUGAGCCUCAUGGCCUCCGUCAGCGGGACAGUUUUCCGGAUUCAGCUCGGCAACCAGGUGGAAGUCGACCCCGAGGACAUCUCGGUCACCUUCGACGACGUCAAGGGCGCGGACGAGGCCAAGCAGGAGUUGAAGGAUGUGGUGGAGUUCCUCAAAUCCCCAGAAAAGUUCUCCUCGCUGGGGGGUAAGCUCCCCAAAGGGGUGCUGCUGGUGGGACCCCCGGGUACUGGCAAGACUCUGCUGGCUCGCGCGGUGGCUGGUGAGGCGCGGGUGCCGUUCUUCCACGCCGCGGGGCCCGAGUUUGACGAGAUCCUGGUGGGGCAAGGAGCCAGGAGGGUGCGCGAUCUGUUCAAGGCUGCCAAGGAGCGCGCUCCUUGUGUCAUAUUCAUAGACGAGAUAGACUCGGUCGGUGCUAAGCGGACCAAUAGUGUACUACAUCCAUACGCUAAUCAGACUAUUAAUCAACUGCUCUCAGAAAUGGACGGUUUCCAUCAAAAUGAGGGUGUCAUUGUACUGGGAGCCACUAAUCGCAGGGAUGACUUGGAUCCAGCUUUGUUAAGACCUGGAAGAUUCGAUGUUGAGGUGUCAGUGCCCACGCCGGACUACGGCGGCCGUCUGGAGAUACUCCGCCUCUACGUGGCCAGGGUGGCCGCGCAACCGGAGCUAGAUGUCGAGGCGCUCGCCAGGGGUACAACAGGCUUCACCGGCGCCGACCUCGAGAGCAUGGUCAACCAGGCAGCGCUCAAGGCAGCAAUAGAAGGCGCGAAAGCGGUGACCAUGUCGCAUCUAGAGGAAGCGCGGGACAAAGUUCUAAUGGGGCCGGCAAGACGCUCCAAAUUACCUGAUGAUGAGGCCAACGCCAUCACAGCAUGCCACGAGGGUGGGCAUGCGGUCGUUGCAUUCUAUACUAAGGAUUCCCAUCCACUACACAAGGUCACAAUCAUACCCCGGGGGCCCUCGCUGGGCCAUACCGCAUACAUACCUGCCAAAGAAAGAUACCAUGUAACCAAGCAACAGUUGCUCGCAAUGAUGGACACCAUGAUGGGGGGAAGGGCAGCGGAGGAGAUUGUCUUUGGACCUGAUAAAAUUACCUCCGGAGCCUCAUCAGAUCUGAAGCAGGCCACGUCGAUCGCGUGCCACAUGGUGCGCGAGUGGGGUAUGAGUGAAAAGGUGGGGCUCCGUACCAUGGAUUCCCCACGCACCUCACCCGAACAACUCGGACCGUACACCAAUGAGCUGGUGGACGCGGAAAUCAAGAAAAUCCUGUCGGAGAGCUACGAGCGGGCCAAAGCAAUCCUGCGCGCUCACGCUAAAGAGCACAAGGCACUCUCAGACGCCUUGCUCAAAUACGAGACCCUAGACGCUGACGAUAUAAAGGCGAUAAUGAAUGGCGAUAAGCUGAAGUCUGACAAGCAGCGUGUCAGCAAAGAAGCGCCCGCCAACCAGGGAUCACCCGUUGGCACGGGCCUGCUCGGGCAACCGGUGCCCGCGCCCGCCUAGUCACGCGGUUAUUAGAUUAAACUGGCUUCCUUACCGGCUGUGGAACAGCAAACUGUCCCCUGUCUCGAACUGUACAAACAUAUUAUAGAAAGAGGAGCAAAGUGAUUUUGAAAAUUUUGCAGGUAGCGCCUAACACAUU